UCUAAUCUAUUUUAUUCUACUUGCUUGGUCUCACAACAGGGUCUGUGUUAUUUCUCUCUUUAUUUGUUCAUCAUGUUUUUAGUGGUGACCGUAUUCAGCGUGAUGCUAUGGACUCAGUGUCUCAAUGCUGAUAUUCAUCCACUAAAGGACUUUGAUCUACAAAGGUUUUCAGGACAGUGGUAUCGUGUUGGCCUGGCCUAUGACUCGCCAGAAUUUGUGCCAUGGAGAAGUUAUGUGCAGGUCUCCAAUGGGAAUUUAACCUCUGAUAUGGAUGGCAAUGCCAACCUAACCGUAUGGGGGACAGGGUUAAAAGGUUGCAUGUGCCGUGUGUACUAUUACCAGAAGACUGACCUCCCAGGCCAGUUCACCUACUUUAGUGACCGCCAUCAGAUAUUGAAGGACAUCACUGUGGUGGAGAGCAAUUACACUGAAUAUAGUCUGGUGGUGAAAUACAAGAAGAUUGUGAAAGACUUCUCCCAGGUGUCUCUUUAUGGUCGCUCACCAACGCUGAGAGAAGAAUUGGUGGAGAGAUUUAGAAACUAUUCUCUGUCUCUGGGCUUCUCUGCAGAGUCCAUUCUGACCCCAUCGUUCGUAGAUCCCUGCUCUGAUUGCGGACAUUAAGACCUGACAGCAAACAUUGGUUAAAGAACUCCACACCAUCAUACUGGACCAAGAUAUCCUGAGUCUUCUAUUUCGCUCUCUGCUUUACAUACAUGUAUGGAACAAUAACACUAUUGAAUACACAGAGAACUGUUGCCAUACUCUAUAAUUGGUCUGAGUUACAUAUUACUCAUAUACUUCACUGCAUAACCUACUCCAGUCUCUUUGGUUGUACAUGAAGAAUCUGUUUAAAAACCAGAGGUUAUGAUUGUUAAUACAAAAAACAUUGUAUUUAAUAUGGGAUAGUGAGUUGAAAUGUCUUGAAGGUUGACAUUGGAAGCUAUCAAUAUAACCCUAUUACCUGAGGGAAAACAGAGGCCUGCUUAACAUUUUUGCUGAACCACUCAACAUCGCUUUUCAUCAUUAAACCUUUCUAUUUAAA